AAUAAUUUUAGCGAAACUUUUUUAACAUCAACAACCCAAGGAAUUAUAAUUUAAAAGCAUUUUAUUUAUACAACGAAUGAAGUGUUAAGCAGUAGCAGCAGGUGCUUAAGAAUCCAACAAUUGUAAAUAACAGUAAAACUGCAAUGCCCCAUAUACGCACUCAGCUGAUCCUUGUGAUCAUCAGCUUGUUGGGUUAUCACGCGCGCAUCGAUGCACAAAAUAUAGAACCACCUUGUAGUUUUCCCGGUUCACCAGCGCACAGUACAGUUGUGUUUUCCAGUGCGAAUUUAACGCAUGGCACUGUUGCAUCCUACACAUGUGAACGUGGUUUUGAGUUGUUGGGGCCGGCGCGGCGAGUUUGCGAUAAGGGCACGUGGGUGCCAGAUGGCAUACCAUUUUGUGUACUCAAUGUCGCUGCGGGCAAAGCGCCAAUGCAAAUUUCCACCGAAGGCUCUGGAGCGCCGCAAAAAGCCAUUGACGGCUCCACAUCUGCAUUCUUCACGCCGGAAACAUGUUCACUCACCAAAGCCGAACGUUCACCCUGGUGGUAUGUGAAUUUGCUCGAACCAUAUAUGGUGCAAUUGGUGCGUUUGGAUUUCGGCAAAUCAUGUUGUGGCAACAAACCCGCUACAAUUGUGGUACGCGUCGGUAAUAACCGACCCGAUCUGGGCACUAAUCCCAUUUGCAACCGCUUCACCGGUCUACUCGAAGAGGGCCAACCGCUAUUCCUGCCAUGCAAUCCACCCAUGCCCGGCGCAUUCGUCUCAGUGCACUUGGAGACAAAUACACCCGAACAGUUGUCGAUUUGUGAGGCUUUCGUCUACACCGACCAGGCAUUGCCCAUCGAACGUUGCCCCACAUUCCGCGAUCAGCCACCCGGCGCGUUGGCUUCCUACAAUGGCAAAUGUUACAUAUUCUACAAUCGUCAACCAUUGAAUUUCCUCGAUUCGCUCUCCUUCUGUCGCUCACGUGGUGGUACACUCAUCAGCGAGAGUAAUCCGGCCUUACAAGGUUUCAUCAGUUGGGAGUUGUGGCGUCGUCAUCGUACCGAUAUAAGUUCACAAUAUUGGAUGGGUGCCGUGCGUGAUGGUACAGAUCGCAGUACAUGGAAAUGGGUGAAUGGUGAGGAGGUUGCGGUCUCUUUCUGGAAUCACCCAGGUGGCGAUGAAGAUUGUGCACGUUUCGAUGGCUCGAAAGGUUGGCUUUGGAGUGAUACGAACUGUAAUACGCUGUUGAAUUUCAUUUGUCAACAUCAGCCAAAGACUUGCGGUCGGCCGGAACAGCCACCGAACUCAACUAUGGUUGCGCUGAAUGGUUUUGAGGUUGGCGCACAAAUUAAUUAUUCUUGUGACGCUAAUCAUUUGCUUGUGGGACCGGCAACACGUACUUGCUUGGAGACGGGCUUCUAUAACGAGUUCCCACCGGUUUGUAAAUAUAUCGAGUGUGGCUUGCCUGCCUCCAUCCCACAUGGCGUAUACGAUCUUAUUAAUGGCACCGUUGGCUACCUCAGCGUGGUGAAGUACUCUUGCGCUAAGGGCUAUGAAAUGAUUGGACGUGCUGUACUCACCUGUGACUUUGAUGAACGUUGGAAUGGUCCACCGCCGCGUUGUGAGAUCGUGGAGUGUGACACCUUGCCUGGAAAUUACUACAACACCAUUAUAUCCGCAGCUAAUGGUACUUAUUAUGGUUCAAAAGCCGAGAUCAGUUGUCCACCCGGCUAUCGACUCGAAGGCCCACAAGUGCUUACCUGCUUGGCUACUGGACAGUGGAGCAGUGCGCUGCCACGUUGUAUACGUCUUGAACCGUCGACACCAGCACCUACGCUGCCACCAACAUUCGCAUCAACUCAACCGCCGACACCGUCACCAGCAGUGCCAUCUACUACAUCGUACAGACCACGCACUACCUCAACUUCCAGACAACAACCAUCGUACAAGCCAACCUACAGUACGACACAGGCGUCAAGCACAACACAACAACAGCCAUUGGACAAUCUUGGCGGCGAUUCCGAUGAGGAGGUCACCUACGUUGUACCCGGCACGGUACGUGAGGAAUUCCCACCGCGACGCACACUUCGUCCUGUUUCCAUACCAAAGCGCACGAGUACUACACCAGCCUAUUAUGUGCCCACAACAACGACGUCUACAACCAGCACGACAACGCCACGUACACGUCCAUAUACGCCUGUGGAGUCUACCACACGCAGCACACAGAAUAUUAUACUCAACGCACAUCCGCAGGAUAAUGAAAUUGCCGAUAGCGUCAAUAUACGACACAAUCAGCAACCAAAUGUCAAUGUACCAUUCGCCGUGGACAAUGCUGAUCGCAAGGAGACGAAGGAGGCUAAACUCAAUCUGGGCGCAAUUGUUGCUUUGGGCGCGUUUGGCGGUUUCGUUUUCCUCGCUGCGGUCAUUACGACAAUCAUCAUUUUGGUGAGAAGAAAUCGCACUACUCAACAUUACCGUCAUCGCGCCUCACCUGACUGCAAUACCGUGGCCUCGUUUGAUAGUUCUACAUCGGGCUCACGUAACGGUUUAAAUCGUUACUACCGUCAAGCUUGGGAAAAUCUACAUGAAUCUGCUUCGAAGAGUAGCACACAGCACGCUUUACGCCGCAAGGAUACACUCGAUCCACCCACAAUGCAUUCUCGUGACAAUUUACGUGAUAAUAUGCAACGUUCCAGAGAGAAUCUAGAUCGUGUCGGACGUGAGAACUAUGGCAUGCGUGAUAACUCCGAGAUGGUUGUCUCUGAUGUGUGUCUGAAAGCUGGCGAAAAGAAACGUCAUCACCACCAUCAUCACAAGAACAGUUCACGUAAUGGCGAAUAUCGCGAUCAAUCGGCUGGAAGACGGGAGCAUCAUAGACACAGUGGCGGACACUAUUGACCAACCAUGGUGAUAACCAUUAAUGUGGAUCAAUUAACUUUUAUAUGAACAUACACACACACAUACAUAUACAUAUACAUAUACAUAUGUAUAACUACAAAAUAAACAACACGAACAACGCAAGAAACAACAACGCACAAGAAAGCAAAAAGAAAAUAAAUCAAUGAACAACGAAAACGGAUUUUUUUAUUAAUAUGAAAUAUAAUGCGUAACCGUACACUUGUUAAUGCACCGUUAUGUUGUGUGAAAAUUAAAAAUUAAGUUGCAAAGAGUGCGGAAAAAAGCUCUCUAAAUAUAGUUAAUAAAUAUGUAAAGCAGUCAGUAGUAUACGCACUACAAAACACACAAAGACGAGCGAAGAUGGCGCAAAAUCCAGCUGAAAACACAAAAAAAUUAAAAAAAAAAAAUCUGAAAAGAAAUAUAACUGUAUUUAUAUA